GUAUAAAAUUACCAGGAGAUUAAAACAAUCACCAUUGCAUCGGAAGCCCUCUGACCACAUAGAACAAUGAAGGUGCUAUAUACUGUCUCAGUUGUAAUAGUGCUCAAAUUAACAGCUGCAAUUACAUUACAUGAACACAUAACCAUUAUCCAACCGAAAUUGACAAAUCACGCGGAUGAUUGCCUCGAAGAAUAUCCACUUUCCACUGAAGAUCUAGCCGCGUUUAAAAAUGGGGAAUUCCCUGAAGGUUCAGAUGCCGCUUGUCUUGGUGCUUGUGUAUUGAAGAAAAUAGGUUUGUUCGACGACCUGGGAAGUCUGGUAAAAGAUGCAGCAUUGGAUAAAGCCAAAGAAAUAUUUACUGGCGAGGGAGAAAUGGAUGCCAUAACAGAUAUCAUCACUAAAUGUGCUAAAAUAAAUGAUGAAGUUACUGAGGAUGGAGAAAAAGGCUGCGAGCGAGCCAGGCUCCUUUUCAACUGCUUAAAUGAAAUCAAAUAAAUUACUAUCCAAUAAAAGAAAAAAUACAUACGAGUCAAGGCGGCAAAACCCAACGGACAAAUACUGAGUAAUUUUUAAUUUAAAAAUUAGAUUGUGGACCUAGCUAAGUUGAUAGAAAUAUAAUUCUUUAUUGCAAUAUAAUAUGGUUUCAAUUUCAAUCUCUUUUUAUCUGUUAUUCGCUGCUGAAUAUAGAUUUCCUUCGUGUUUC